UAAUACAUAAAGAACAUACUAAAGUAGUGACAAUAUGGUUUUAGUUCAAGAUUUAUUAAACCCAUCUCCAGCUUCUGAAGCUCAAAAACAUAAAUUAAAGACCUUAGUUCAAGGACCAAGAUCUUUUUUCAUGGAUGUUAAAUGUCAAGGUUGUUUAACCAUCACCACUGUUUUCUCCCAUGCUCAAACUGCUGUUACUUGUGAUUCAUGUUCCACUGUUUUAUGUACUCCAACUGGUGGUAAAGCUAAAUUAACUGAAGGUUGUUCAUUCAGAAGAAAGUAAAUUAAUUAAUCUUUAGUUUUCCUUUCCAAUUAAUGCAUUUUUAUCCUAUCAUUUUAUCAUAGCACAUAUAACUUUCACCUCCAUACCUUAAUUCCCUUAUACUAUACUACGACGAGACAAAAAAUUUCUAUCAUAUAUAAUAAUAAUAAAGAAACAUGUCAAAAUCAUAUCAAAUUCAACCAUGAUUGUAUUAGUAGAAUCAUCCCAACUACAACAAUAACUACGGUUACACCCCCACUAAGUCCUUAAAAAUUCUUUUAUUCGUCUUUAUAUAUCAUAUCUUUUUUUGUAUAAUUCUAAAAGAAAACUUUUAAUAAAAAUUUAAAAGUAUAAAUUUAACCAACUUGUUAACCUUGUAGAGACUUUACUCGAAGU